AUGGCGGACGUUAGUCUAAGAAAGUUGAAAACGACUUAAGUGCCCAACAGUACGGGAUCGAGGAUUCUGGGUUUUUUGGUAAAUCGUUGACUUCGUCCCAAAGUUAUAUAUUGAAUGCUUGCUGUAUGCGAUGUAUUGUUUUAGGUUUUCGGGAAACAUCAGAGAACAAGACAGAAAGAUGCCUGUUUCUUUUGGAAUGUAUAUUCUAAUAGGGCGGGGGAGGGAAGUACGAAUAAAGAAUAAAUGAAUUUCACAGUUAUCUUAGAGGGUGGUGAAUGCUAUGAGGAAAAAGUAGAGCAGUGGCAUGGGGGGAUGACAUUAGAUCUAAAUGCCACUGGAAUAAAUGGAGGAAUGAAAUUAAGCAAAGCCAUGAAGGAGGCAAGGGAAUGAGCCGUGUGGCUAUUUGGAGGAAGAGUAUUUACAGCAUGUGGAAAAGUGUGAUCAGCACUGGAAAAGAUGCCAGCCCCAGCUGCCGCAUAUGAAAGAAUAGUUUACAGAAAUCCCUCUGAGCACCACUACAUGAAAGUCCACCUAGAAUUUCAAGAUCAUGGCAUUGGACUGAAUGCUGCACAGUUCAAACAGCUGCUUAUUUCAGCCCUGAAGGACCUGUUUGGAGAGGUUGAUGCUGCUUUACCCUUGGACAUUCUAACCUACGAAGAGAAGACCUUGUCAGCCAUCUUGAGAAUAUGCAGCAGUGGUCUUGUCAAAUUGUGGAGCUCUUUGACCCUGUUAGGAUCCUAUAAAGGCAAGAAAUGUGCUUUCAGAGUGAUUCAGGUUUCUCCAUUUCUCCUUGCAUUAUCUGGUAACAGUAGAGAACUAGUAUUGAAUUGAAUAGUCUUCAAUUUCAGAAGUAUUCCUCGCUCUCAAAAGUACAUUUUGGUGCCAGCAUAAUGUAUGAAGACUGAAACAGCCUAAAAGCUCCUGUUGAUGGAAUUUGAGACCUCUGAAGAUGCUCCCAGUAAUUUCUAGCCAUCGCCUUGGGUGGGGUAGGCUUCAGAGGAGUAUCUGCCUGAACCAAGCAGUGCUAAACAGGCAGCACUUACAGCAUGUGCACAUCAGAGUUGGAGACCGGGCUGAACUCAGUAGGGCCUUCACACAGAGGGAUGUGGCUAUCUUCUCAGAAUUAACAGGGGAUGUCAAUCCUUUGCAUUUGGAUGAAGAUUUUGCAAAACACACCAGAUUUGGAAAGACGAUUGUACAUGGAGUUUUGAUCAAUGGACUUAUUUCAGCUCUCCUAGGUACUAAAAUGCCAGGGCCAGGCUGUGUAUUUCUUUCCCAGGAAAUUAACUUUCCAGCGCCUUUAUAUGUUGGGGAAGUUGUUUUAGCUUCUGCAGAAGUGAAAGAGCUGAAGCGGUUCCUUGCUAUUAUUGCAGUGUCAUGUUUUGUACUAGAAAGUAAAAAGACUGUUAUGGAAGGCUGGGUUAAAGUUAUGGUCCCAGAAGCUCCCACGUCCUGAAAUAUGUCUUUAAAGAUGCAAGUUCAGACAUCAGUGUUACUAUUAUUGAACAGCCUCUGAGGAAAACAGGGAUUGCUGUUCCUCACCAAGGAGGGGCUGAUGGACCCAUAAACCCACAUUGGUGGAGGGGAGCUGAUAGAGGGGUGUUCCAUUUUCCACUUAUGCUUUGGCCUUAUGCAUCACACAGGCUUAAGUAUAUUUAUCAUCUGUCUAUAGGGAAUUCCCUGAUGGUCCAGUGGUUAGGACUCUGGGCUUUCACUGCCAUGGGUGCGAGUUCAGUCCCUGGUUGGGGAACUAAGGUCCCGCAAGCUGUGUGACACAGCAAAAAAAAAAAAGCAAAGAAAAAGUGACUAGACGAAAUCAGAGGUGGGCUUCCUUGGUGGCACAGUGGUUAAGAAUCUGCCUGCCAGUGCAGGGUUCACGGGUUCGAGCCCUGGUUCAGGAAGAUCCCACAUGCCGUGGAGCAAGUAAGUCUGUGCACCACAACUGAGCCUGCGCUGUAGAGCCUGUGAGCCACAACUGCUGAGCCCGCGUGCCACAACUACUGAAGCCCACACCUAGAGCCCGUGCUCCGCAACAAGAGAAGGCACCACAGUGAGAAGCCCGAGCACCACAACGAAGAGUAGCCCCUGCUCUCUGCAACUAGAGAAAGCCCGCGCGCAGCAACGAAGACCCAACGCAGCCAUAACUAACUUAAUUAAUUAAUUAAUUAAUUAAAAAGAAAAUCAUAGGUGAUUCUAAGGUUGGACAUUGUGUCCAGGCUCCCAUGAGGUGCCAUUAAAAAAAAACCAAAAACUGAAAAAAUAUUGGGAGAGUUAUCAUUUAGCUUAAUGUUCUACUUUUAGGAUUUCAGACCUGAUUAGAUUUGCAUUUGGAUAAGAGAAACCUACCUAUAUCUGUGUAGAAUAAGUUUCUCACUGAAUUUAUAACUAGCUAGCAUUUAAUUAUUGAAGAAGAUAGGUCAUCUUUGAACACCUAUCUUUUACUAGUAAAUAUUCUUAGAUUCUGUUCUUCAGCAGUUUCUGGGUCAGAGUUUAUUGUAAUUUGUUACUGUUUACACCAAGAUGGUAAUUUGUUCAAUGUUCAGUGUCACUUGCCCUUCAGAUGGUUUUCCUGUUAUCAGAGGAGGGCUUAUGUGCAGAUUUGGACUCAGCUAUGUAAGUUCUCUUGGUCUCAUGUAUAAAACAGGAUAAAAACACCUGCCACACAGGAUUGUUGGAGGUGACAGAUACAAAUAGUUAAGCACAAGGUCUAGCUUAUAAACAGUAGCUACUACUAUUGCCCAUUCUCUUCUGUGAAUAAGGUUAGAGGUUUUCCUGAGUUUGGUGCUAACUGGCCAAAAGUUAGAGAACAGACCAGUCUUUCAGGAUGUCAGCCAAUCUCUGUUGGUAUUCUAAACUUGGAAUAGAUCUUGAAUGCAGAGAUCCUAUUUUAGUAAUCCAGAUUUGUUUAUCUCUCCCUUGAAAAUACUGUGGGGUCCCCCCUUAUAUAAAUAAUAUAUGCUUUUAUUUAAAAAAUUAUAAGGUAAAAAAUUUAAGGAACACUGUGGAGGCCACGUUCUUAAGAGCUGAGGGGUAUUAGAGAGGAAAUGUGCCUAAUGUGUUAUUACUAACUGGUCAUGCCCAACAUAGCCAACACUAUUAAGACAAGAAUCUAUAGUAGAACAUACAGGUGGUCCACCUGUGCUCUGUAGCUUUAGGUGGUGGCUCAGACCACAGCUAGAAGCUUUGAUGAGGAAGGUAAGAUCAGGUUUAAUUGGUUGCAUCAACCAACAUUUCCUGGAAAAAGAUUUUUUCUUCCUGCUGGUGGAUGAGUAACUAGAUUUUUUAUUUAUUUUUUUACAUCAAGGGGGUCAGACUACUAGAAGGAAUUAUUCUAGUCACUAGAGGGCAGUGAUGUGUAUAAAUAAAGUGAGUAUUUUAAACUUUAA